AUGGAUGAUUUCUCCGAGGAAAUCUUUCAGGAGCUGGGUCUCGAUGAUGAUUGGGACGUGCAACAGCUUUUAGUCGGAACGAUACACGUUGUCAGUAUCAUCGUGAUUUGCCGAUUAUGUUGUUGUUCCAAGUCUGUGCCCACGGUUCCUUCGGCAGACCAGCAGCAGAUAGAGGCAGCGUCGACUUCCAUGCAGAAGCAGAAGCGGCUCUUGACAAGCUACCUGCUGUGGCUGAAUCCGUUCUUCCCCGCACACCACCUGUAUCUGGAUCGGCUGGCACAUGCGAUGGUGGCGUUCUGGACCUUGAACUUCGUUGGAGUCGGCUGGGUCUUGGACGGCUUCUUGAUGCGCUUCUAUGUUCGUGGCUUCAACAGCCAGCGGUGCGCCCCUGAUGCGCCUUAUGAUGACAGCCGAAAGAAGCUGCUUUGCCGGCUGCCUCUGUGCUUCGUGGGCCUAUUGCUCCUUGGGCUCGGUGCUGUGGUCUACAUCCCCACCGUUUUGCAUCACCUACAGGUUGUUGACAUCGACCGCAUUGCAGCGCAGACGCAGGUCAACCCCUACGAGCUCCUGGAAAUCUCGAAAUCUGCAUCCUUGCAGGAGGCAAAGGCAGCAUACCGAAGCAAAAGCUUGCAGUGGCAUCCAGACCGGAAUCCCGGGUGCGGCAAAGAGUGCGACGACAAGAUGUCCGAGAUAACCAAAGCCUACGAUCUGAUCAAGAAGCGUCGUGCGCCAGCACCUCCUGAUCGCACAUGGGAGGGUUGGUUCCAGGACCUCGCGCAAGAUUGGAAGCACAUCUUCGAGGUUCUCGGGCAGGACAAGGCCAAGAAAGAGGAAUGA